CCUGGGUAUCAAUCCAACAACACAUGGAGCCUUCACCCAAUUCACCUGCAAGAACUGUGCCCACACACCCCACUUUCUUCAUCACCUUUCUGGGCUUACAGCAGCAAAUCGUGCACCCCCUGCACUGGGGAUCAUGUGUCUCUUCUAUGCACUAUUUCUUCACUAUGCUUUACAUUUCUCCACAUCAUUUGUUACUAUUUUCCAGUGCAGGGGAUGCACGUCCUUAUGUGUUAUUUCUUCACUCCGCUUUACUUUCCAUACCACCUGAUACUCAAUGUCUCAUCCACCCAUUGA